AUGGACCCGAGAAGACCGAAAUAUUGCAUCAUUGGUGCCGGGGCAGGCGGAUUAACCAGCGCCAGACAUGCCGCAGAUACGGGAGCCGAGGUGAUGGUGUUCGAGCAGACCAACCAAAUCGGAGGAACCUGGGUGUAUACGGACCAAACCGGAAGGGACGCGAAUGGAGUGCCCAUCCACACGAGCAUGUAUCGCGGGCUGCGUUCGAAUAUACCGAAACAAACCAUGGGCUUCCCGGACUCGGAUAUUCAGUCGGAAUUUUCCUACGUGCGACAAGAGGAGGUGCUGAAAUGGUUGCUGGAUUAUGCGGAUGAGCAUAAAAUUUGGGAAUCUAUCAGGCUGGAGCAUCAGGUGGUACGAGUUUGUCCCCAGUCCGGUGGGGACCGCCAGUGGGAGGUUAUUGUGAAGGAUUUACGUGAUGAAAAAUUUGAAACGAUCGAGUUUGAUUUCGUUAUGGUUUGCAAUGGACACUACUCGCACCCCAAGAUUCCUGAGUAUCCGGGCAAAGCUGAUUUCGGAGGAGUUCAAAUGCAUAGUCAUGAUUACCGAUGUGCAGAAAGUUUCAAAGGAGAAGACAUACUGUUGGUUGGUGCCGGUUACAGUGCUUCCGAUAUUGCGAUUGCCACCUCAAAGGUGGCAAACAGCGUGACAGUUAGCCACUACAAAACGCAGAAUGCUAGUUUUACGCCUUCGGUUCAAGUUAAGCCAGCCAUUGCUCGGCUGACACCAACAGGAAUUGUAUUUGAGGAUAAUUCUGAACUCAAAUGUUCGGUUAUUAUUUACUGUACCGGGUACCAAUACUCAUUCCCUUUUCUAAGUUUGGACUGUGGAAUUUACGUUGAGGAAAAUCACGUGCAACCGUUGUACAAACAUCUAAUCAACAUCAAGUAUCCUUCGAUGGCGCUGCUUGGGAUUCCGUUUUACGUUUGUCCAACCCAGAUGAUGGAUCUGCAGGCUCGAUUUUGUGUGCAAUUUUUCACGGGAAGGAAAACUUUUCCCUCCGGUGAAGAAAUGUUGAACGACACGGCAGCAGAUGUCGAGGAACGUCGUCGUCGGGGUUUGCAGAAGAAGUCGAUGCACAAACUGGAAGGUGACCUGCAGAUUAGAUAUUACGAGGAUCUAGCUCAGACAGCGGGCAUUGAACCACUGAAGCCAAUAGUGAUGAAACUGUUCGAAGAAUGUAUGAGACGACGGGCUGAAGAUCUGCUGCACUAUCGGGACGAUAUCUUUGAGGUUAUCAACGAUGAACAUUUUAGGACGGUUUCCUGUUAAAUUAGAAAAUGUAUUUCCCACUUAAAGUAUAUAUUUUAUGCUUGACGAAAAUUGCGGAAUCGUUUGAAUUGGUUAAAUCUUAU